AUGUUAAAUCCAGCCACAAGAACUCUUAUACAAGGGUCCAAGAGACUCGGACUUAGAUUUAUUUCUACCCAAGGUAGUGGAAAUAGUCCAGUCAACCCACAACCACCAAAGAAAGAUGAAACGGUUUCCAAAACCACAGAAGCAGAAUCUAAAGUCAAAGCAGUACCUAGUUUGGGUUUGAGUGAUAUCUUUAAGAAGAUUGACAUGAUUUCUAAGAAUAAUAAGAUACGUGGCACUGAAAAACAAUCCAACAAAAGAAAGACUCAUGAGAAAUUUUAUAAACAACGUUCGGACGAACCUGGAGAACAAGCCGAAUCUACUGUAGAAAAAGGCGAAUCUAUUGAUAUUCAGAGCCAUCCAAUGAAACGUACUGGAUUCAGAGUAGGUAGAUUUGCAGGUCUAAGCAAUAGAUUUGGUGAACGUGAACAAUUCAACGAUGGUGAAAGAAGACCAUAUCAAAGACGUGAUGAUGGUGAAAGAAGACCUUACCAAAGACGUGAUGAUGGUGAAAGAAGACCAUACCAAAGACGUGACGGCGGUGAAGGAAGACCAUACCAAGCACGUGACGAUGGUGAAAGAAGACCAUACCAAGGGCGUGAUAAUGGUGAAAGAAGACCAUACCAAAGACGCGAUGACGGUGAAAGAAGACCAUAUCAAAGACGCGAUGACGGUGAAAGAAGCCCAUACCAAAGACGUGAUGACGGUGAAAGAAGACCAUUCCAAACACGUGAGGAUGGUGAAAGAAUACCAUUUCAGCCACGUGAGGAUGGUGAAAGAAUACCAUUCCAAACACGUGAUGAUGGUGAAACAAGACCAUACCAAAGACGUGAUGAUGGUGAAAGAAGACCAUACCAAAGACGUGAUGAUGGUGAAAGAAGACCAAACCAAAGACGUGACGAUGGUAGACCACCUAGAAGCUUGGCACCAAGACGUGAUGGUGGUGACAGAAGAGGUGGACCACCAAGAGGAGAUAGAAGACCCGCUGGUCCACCAAAGACCACCGUAGCUCCAGAAAUCCAAAGUAAGGAACUCUCUGCAAGUCCAUUAAAACCAACUAUCAAUGCAGAAACUUUCUUCUAUGGUAAGAUUCCAUCUUCUAAUGCUGGUAUUUCUUCUAGAUUGGCUUCAGUUGCCAAAUUGACUUUGGAGGAUUCUAAAUAUCCUUAUUUAUUACCUAGACAUAUUAUUGAAAGGGCUGCGGAAAACCCAACCAAUCAAUUCAUUUUACAAAAGAAUUGGAGUUUGAAGGUGAAUCAUUCAAAAUUGGCUGAAAGAGUUAAACAUAUGGUUCGUGGUGAUUUGGAAGUAGUGAAUACUGAAAAUGCCAAUGAUAAAGAAUUGGCAAAGGUUACUAGUGAUUUGAUUAACAGUAAUGGAAGUUUGGACAUUCAGCAAAAACAAUUCAUGUUUGAUAUAGUUAAUGGAACUAUACGUCCUAGGGAUCUCUUAAAGGAUGCUCAUUGGAAUCAGAAAAAGUAG